AGUUGAUCUAUGUGCCAAGGCGCUAGAAAACGGGCGGUUAAGAUUGCCUGAAUCCUCUUUUAGAAGUCUGAUCAUCACGAGCAUUGAACAAAAAGCCGGGGAACCGUUAACCGAAAAAAUGGCUUCUUUCCUUUUACGCUCAUUCUACACAGGAGGUUGACAUCAUAGUCGCUGUGAUCGAUAUGUACAAAGCGGCGCUCCCCCUGCUGCUCAGCGGCGCCGGCUUCGUGUCGGCUACCCUGCAAGUCGAUUUCGAAUCCACGGCUUCCAUCAAAGCCGCCGCUAAAGAUGUGGCUUUUGACGUCAUGUCGUAUUACAAGGGCAACCAGUCCGGAGAAAUUCCCGGCAUUUUUGGCUUGCCAUCGCCGACGGACGAUCCACACCAGUAUUGGUCGACCGGCGCAAGGCUGUGGUCAACCAUGCUAGACUACUGGCGCUAUACGGGCGAUGAUACUUACAACUCAGUAGCAAUGGAGGGCCUUGUACACCAGAUUGACCCAGGCCAGGAAUACCCCUUUAUGUCCCCCAACUGGACCGCUGCUAUGACCACCUCCGGCCACGGCUUCUGGGGCUUGUCGGCCAUGUCCGCCGCCGAGCUGGAGUUUCCCAACCCACCUGGAGGAGAACCGAGCUGGAUCGAGCUGGCUCAAAACGUGUUCCGAGCGCUAGAAGCGCGUUUCGCCAUGGAAACCAUGUGCGGUGGUGGCCUGCGUGCGCAGGUGCCGCUGGUAAACCAAGGCUACCAUCUCAAGAGCACGUUGGCCAACGCCGUCUUUCUCAACCUGGGCGCUCGCCUCGGCCGGUACACGGGAAACCAGACCUACGCUGAGUGGGCCGAUAAGACGUGGGACUGGCUCUCUUCCGUCGGACUCAUCGAGGAGUCCACCGAUUCCAUCGCCAUCCACAACUCCAUCCCGGUCAACAACUGCAGCCACGUCCGCAAGAACAACUGGACAAUCUUCACGGGUACCCUCCUCGAGGGCGCCGCCUAUAUGUACAACCAAACCACCGGCGACGCCCAAACCACCUGGCGCAGCCGCAUCCGAAAGAUGACCCGCCGCGCCCUCGCCACCGACUUCCCCGCCACGACAACCACGGGCGAGCUCGUCCUGGUCGAGCCCGGGUGCGAGGCGCCGUCGCCGUACACCUUCCCCUGCGACCCGCAGGAGCACUACGGCAAGGGCGCCUACCUGCGCGCGCUGGCCGGCACGGCGCAGCUGGCGCCCUUCACGCGCGGCGAGAUCGCGCGCCGCGUGCGGGAUUCCGCCGUCGCCGCGGUGAGGGUGUGCGAGGGUGGGUUGAGGGGCCGGGCGUGUUCGUUCGUGUGGAAUAUGGAUCCCGGGUGGGAGAACAGGGCGGCGGGGUCGGAUGAUCUGGGCAUUUAUGGGCCUGGGGCGCCGGCGGAGCAGAUGAAUGUGCUUUCGGUGCUGGUGGGGUUGUUGGUGGAUGAGCCGGCGGUGGGGGGGUUUGCGAGGGAUUUGACGGUGGGUCAAGGGGGGGAGGGUGGCGAUGGGGAGGGGGGUGAUGGGUCGCAGGGUGAUGGGGAUGGUUCUGGUAAUGGUGACGGAUCUCAGGGUAAUGGAGAUGGGGGGUCUGCGGGUACAACGAGGCGGGUUGCGGCCGGGUGGGUGGUGGCGGGUUUGGUUGCUGCCCUAUUGUAG